UACGCGGUGCGGUUCUCAGUGACACGUGCAAAACCCUCAUCUUUGGGCAGUGACAAUUCCCGCACGAGAAAACCCUGUGCUUUCAUCGACUUGACUUCACUCUCUCACACACACUUUCCCUGUCUCCGUGCUCUUUGUUAAUGGCGACGAUAUAGAAGAAUUAGGGUUUGAGUGAAAUCUAUCUGAUUGCUCAAAAUGUAUUCGUUAAUGGUGAAGCCCUCCUUUGUGCCUCAAGUUUCUCGUUCUUCUUCUUCUUUGUUGUCUGCGUCGUAUUGCUCGACUCGUUCUUGUUCUUCGCUUAGCUUCCCGAUAAGGACCAAGUACAGAGGAACGAAACGACUCGCUUUGAGAAUUCACGCUUAUGAUUCUUCCAAGGACGACGCUUCCAAUGCCUCGGGCGAUUCCAAGCCUCCCAACGGCACUCUGUUAUAGUUGACUGUAUGCUUGUGUCCCUUUCUGAAAUCUACAGCCAAAGACCAGGAGAGAAAUUCUAUUGGAGUAUGUCAAAAAUGUGCAGCCAGAAUUUAUGGAGUUGUUUGUGAAGAAAGCACCUCAACAGGUAGUUGAUGCAAUGCGUCAAACGGUGACAAAUAUGAUUGGAACACUUCCACCACAAUUUUUUGCAGUGACAGUCUCCACAGUUGCUGAAAACAUUGCACAGCUAAUGUACAGUGUCAUGAUGACUGGAUAUAUGUUUAAGAAUGCACAAUACCGUUUGGAACUACAACAAAGCUUGGAGCAGGUUGCUCUUCCUGACGUGCAAGAUAAAAAGGAUGUGCCAGAUUAUGCACCUGGUACACAGAAGAAUGUGUCAGGUGAAGUUAUUAGGUGGAAUAAUGUUUCUGGUCCUGAACGAAUUGAUGCAAAAAAGUACAUAGAGUUACUUGAAGCUGAGAUUGAGGAACUGAAUCAUCAAGUUGGUAGAAAAUCAAAUGGGCAAAAUGAAUUGUUGGAAUAUCUAAAAUCUCUUGAGCCCCAAAAUCUGAAGGAUUUGACAAGCAGUGCCGGAGAGGAUGUUGUGCUUGCGAUGAAUACAUUCAUAAAGCGCCUUUUGGCUGUCUCAGAUCCCAGCCAAAUGAAGACAAAUGUAACGGAGACGAGUGCGCCCGAACUUGCCAAGCUUCUUUAUUGGCUGAUGGUUGUUGGUUACAGCAUUCGCAACAUUGAAGUCCGUUUUGACAUGGAACGAGUCCUUGGGACUCCCCCAAAGCUUGUGGAAUUACCUCCAGGAGAAAAUGUUUAAAGCACUGCAGUUUGAACUGCAGAGAACAGAAGUUAUGGUGCUCUUGGAGCAGUGUUCUUUAUACUGGAAUACUAUGUGAAAGAAGGGUCUUUUUAAAGUUUGGACAAAGCUGAAGGCUCAAUCCAUAGGUGAUUCAUGGUUGGGAAGGCAAAAUUUUCACAUGCCACCGUUGCCUCUCUCCAGUAGUCGAAAUUAUUGUUAAUAGUGUCAAAGCUAAGGUAUUAUUUUUGGACACAUUAGUUAAUUUUUCUUCUGUAUUUUGUCUCAAAGACGUGCAAAUGCUCACAAUAAAUGAUUUUAUUUACCAUCAAAA